UAGCUCUAUUAUGAAAUAUAUGCUAAAAGUGUGGAUUGGGUAUUUCAAAUAGUGAUUGUGAUUCCCAUAAUUAUCAAUGUGAUCUUUACAUCACGAUUAUACUAAUUGAUUGUAGAAAUAUUAUAAGUAUUAAAAUUAAAGUUAGCCAAUUAAGCUGGUCCUCCGUCUUAACAGUCGUGUGUGUUUGUGUGUUGUAUCAAAGUGCUCCUGUGGCAAAAGGAUUUGCUGAUGAUAUCCCCUGUGCCUGUGGGAUGCCCAAUUGGGAGCUCCUUUUGUACCUCUGUGAAAUUGCUCACCAAGGUGGCACCCAUCAAUCUACUCGCCAUCACCCUUUUUUGAACUGCUGGGACGGCAGGAGCUGGAGUGUGUGAUGGGAGCUCACACCCAGUUUGAGGUAGCAAUGGAUCUCAAAUGACCGGCAACCCAGGGUUCUAACCUCACAAGCCACAGCGCUCCCAAUAGUACUUAAAUGUCCUAACUUGUAUUAAUCCAAAGAUACAAUGAUAUAUUUUAAUGCUUGUUCUUCCCUCUCUUCUUUUUGUUGCCUUUCUUUCUGUCUGUUUCUUUUGCAGCGUAAGUGCUAAGCCAUCUUCACCAAUAUGGGGUCAGAAAAUCCAAGCCCGCAAAAUCCCAGCUGCAAAAUUAUGACGUUCCAUCCAACACUAGAAGAAUUCCAGGAUUUUGGGAAGUACAUUGCUUACAUCGAAUCACAAGGGGCUCACCGGGCAGGGCUUGCUAAGGUGAUCCCUCCCAAGGAAUGGAAGCCCCGGAAGAGUUAUGAUGACAUCGACAGCAUGGUGAUCCCUGCUCCCAUUCAGCAGGUGGUGACUGGCCAGUCUGGUCUCUUCACCCAGUACAAUAUUCAGAAGAAACCCAUGGAGGUUGGAGAGUAUCGGCGCGUGGCUAAUAGUGAGAAGUACUGCACUCCGCGUCAUCAGGAUUUUGAUGAUCUGGAACGCAAAUACUGGAAGAAUUUGACUUUUGUCUCCCCUAUAUAUGGGGCGGAUAUCAGUGGCUCACUGUAUGAUUCGGAUGUGGAAGAGUGGAAUAUUGGGAAUCUCAACACACUCCUUGAUAUGGUGGAACGUCAGUGUGGGAUUAUCAUAGAAGGCGUGAACACCCCCUACCUCUACUUUGGGAUGUGGAAGACCACGUUUGCGUGGCAUACGGAGGACAUGGAUCUCUACAGCAUCAACUACCUGCAUUUUGGAGAGCCUAAAUCAUGGUAUGCUAUACCUCCAGAACACGGCAAGAGGCUGGAAAGAUUGGCCAAAGGAUUUUUUCCUGGGAGUUCUCAAGGAUGCGAUGCCUUCCUGCGACACAAGAUGACCCUCAUUUCACCGUCCAUCUUGAAAAAAUACAGCAUCCCUUUUGACCGGAUCACCCAGGAAGCUGGAGAAUUCAUGAUUACUUUUCCUUACGGCUACCACGCUGGGUUCAACCACGGAUUCAACUGCGCAGAAUCCACCAAUUUUGCCACCCUGCGAUGGAUCGAUUACGGCAAGAUGGCCACCCAGUGCACCUGUCGGAAAGACACCGUGAAGAUUUCUAUGGAUGUUUUUGUGCGGCUGCUACAGCCUGAGCGGUAUGACUUAUGGAAGCAAGGAAAGGACAACAUGGUCUUGGAUCACAUGAAGCCCACCCCUUUAACAUCUCCUGAGCUGGAAGCCUGGAAUGAGACAAAAGAUACCUUGAAAGCAAAGAUGCUACGCAGGUAAAACUAACAACAAAGCACCUUACUCAUCCCUCUUUUCUGACUCUUGACUGGCGCACCUGCAAAGCCCCCCCCAAAUUGUCUCAACUGAGAUGCAUCAGCUCUGCCGGUGUGAUGAUAGCUGGGCAGCUAGAGAAAAGCUUCCUACCAAGCUUCCUGCUUGGUAGGAAGAAUUAAAAGUGGAGAGGAGAUUCCUCUAUCAAUUCCACUCCUUUUCCUUUUUGUGUGGGAGAAAGGAGCAAAAAAAUGAACAUUUGUUUGGUGAAGAUGUACAGACACUGUAGCUGGGCAAAAUGUGGCAUCCUGAGUGAUCUUUUCAGGAAUAACGGUCACUGUUUUGAGCAUGCUAAAAGCCUCCAUGUCAUUCAUAUCUAUAUCUGUCUGCCUCU